ACCUGUCUGGGCCUAGGCUUCCAGCAUAUCUCCUGUGUAUGCCAGAGAACAGAAUUGAUAGCCAGGAGGUCGGUGCGGAACUGGAGGCUAACUUCCGGUUUCUUUUCUUCCCAGCCUCAGACUCCUCAUCUGAAGAAUGGGGUGAACGGGAAGGAGCUCUCCAAGCUGUCUCAGGAGCAAACUCUAGAGGCCCUGCGUGCCUCCAAGGAGCCCCUGGUGAUCCAGGUGCUGAGACGCAGCCCCCGUCUGCGGGGGGACAGCUCCUGCCAUGACCUUCAGCUGGUGGACAGUGGCACUCAGACCGACAUCACCUUCGAGCAUAUCAUGGCACUGGGCAAGCUGCGCCCACCCACCCCACCCAUGGGCAUCUUGGAGCCGUACGUCCUCUCUGAGCUCCCCCCCAUCAGCCAUGAGUAUUAUGAUCCAGCGGAGUUCAUGGAGGGCGGCCCGCAGGAGGCAGAGCGAAUGGACGAGCUGGAGUACGAGGAGGUGGAGCUGUGUAAAAACAGUCACCAAGACAAGCUGGGCCUGAUGGUGUGCUACCGCACAGAUGAUGAGGAGGACCUGGGCAUCUACGUUGGAGAGGUAAAUCCCAACAGCAUUGCAGCCAAAGACGGCCGGAUCCGUGAGGGAGACCGAAUCAUCCAGAUUAAUGGAAUGGAUGUCCAGAACCGAGAGGAGGCAGUGGCCAUCCUGAGCCAGGAAGAGAACACCAACAUCUCUCUGCUGGUGGCCCGGCCUGAGAGCCAGCUAGCAAAGCGGUGGAAAGACAGUGACAGAGAUGACUUCCUAGAUGACUUUGGGUCUGAGAAUGAAGGGGACCUUCGUGCCAGGAAGCUGAAGUCACCCCCUGCCCAGCAGACUGGAAAUGAUGAGAAGAGUGCUCCUGAUGGGGGCCCAGGCUUGAGCAACAGCCAGGAGCUGGACAGUGGGGUGGGCCGGACUGAUGAGAGUACCCGGAAUGAAGAGAGCUCUGAACAUGACCUGCUGGGGGAUGAGCCCCCCAGCACCACCAACACCCCUGGAAGCCUGCGCAAGUUUGGCCUGCAAGGGGAUGCCCUGCAGAGCAGGGACUUCCACUUCAGCAUGGACUCUCUGCUGGCUGAGGGGGCAGGUCUGGGAGGGGCUGACCUGCCUGGGCUCACUGAUGAGGAGUACGAACGCUACCGGGAACUGCUGGAGAUCAAGUGCCACCUGGAGAAUGGCAACCAGCUAGGCAUCUUCUUCUCCCGGGCCUCCAGUGGCAACGGGGCCCUGGAUGUCAACCGGAAUGAGAGCCUAGGCCAUGAGAUGGCCAUGCUGGAGGAGGAGCUUCGGCACCUAGAGUUCAAGUGCCGCAACAUUUUGCGGGCACAGAAGAUGCAGCAGUUGCGGGAGCGCUGUAUGAAGGCUUGGCUGCUAGAGGAGGAGAGCCUCUAUGACCUGGCAGCCAGUGAGCCCAAAAAGCACGAGCUGUCUGAUAUCUCUGAACUGCCAGAGAAAUCAGACAAGGAUAGCACCAGCGCCUACAAUACUGGGGAGAGCUGCCGGAGCACUCCACUGCUCAUGGAGCCUUUGCCCGAGAUCCCCCUGAAGCGAUCUGCUGCUGGCAAUUCCAAUUUGAACCGGACCCCUUCUGGCCCUCCUGUCACCGCCCACCCCAAAGGGGCUCCUUCACCUGGAAGCCCUGCCAAGUUCCGAUCACUCUCUCGGGAUCCUGAGGUGGGCCGGAGACAGCACUCAGAGGAGCGUGUCCGACGCAGCACCAAGACAGGUGUUACUCUGGAGCGUGUAGUUCCCGAAGGCAGCCCUUACCUUUCCAGGCGUCAUCGUGGCCAGGAGAGCGAGCAUUACCAGAGCUGUGUGCAGUUGACCCCGCCACGUACCCUGGAGGAUCUGGGCCAUGGCUCCUUGAGCUUGGCUACUGGUCCUCGGGUAGGUGGGGUGAUGGCCGCAGCUGUUGAAGUACCCCGCAUGGAAUGGAAGGUGAAGGUGCGAAGUGAUGGAACCCGCUAUGUGGCCAAGCGGCCUGUGCGAGAUCGGCUGCUGAAGGCUAGGGCCCUGAAAAUCAGGGAAGAGCGCAGCGGCAUGACCACUGAUGAUGAUGCAGUGAGUGAGAUGAAGAUGGGCCGCUACUGGAGCAAGGAAGAGAGGAAGCAGCACCUGAUCCGAGCACGGGAGCAGCGGAAGAGGCGUGAGUUCAUGAUGCAGAGCCGCCUGGAGUGUCUGAGGGAGCAGCAGAAUGGCGACAGCAAGCCUGAGCUCAACAUUAUUGCCCUGAGCCACCGUAAGACCAUGAAGAAGAGAAACAAGAAGAUCCUGGACAACUGGAUCACCAUCCAAGAGAUGCUGGCCCACGGUGCCCGCUCAGCUGAUGGAAAGAGGAUCUACAACCCUCUGCUCUCUGUCACCACUGUCUGAGAUGCCCCAGCAAGAGCCCAGUCCAGGCCUAGAGAGCCUGACCCUCACCCUCCCUUAGAAUCUAGUGUGUGUCUAUGUGUGUGCUUGCACGCUGUGCUCAUGCACACGCCUGUAUUUGUAUGUGUGCACAGGACUUUGGUAGUAGAAAGCCCCUAGAAGGGACACUUCUCUUCCACCACCUAUUUCCUGCUCCCCAAGAGGCUAUGUCAACAACCAGCAUAGAGGGCAUACCCAUAAAGGCUACCUGUGUGUGCCUGCAUGUUUGUGUACAUACACAGUGCUCUUGAUAUGUUCUUGGAGACAGGGAAGUCAGUGCAGAGAGAAGUGAGGUGGACUAUCUUAAGCACAAGAGAAUGUCCAGCUUCUUGCUGAGCAUGGCCUCUUCCCAUCCCUGGAAGCUGCAGUUACUUGUAGACAAAGGCAACCCUGAAUUUUGUGGUUUUUCUCCUUUUCCGUGCUUGCCAAUAGUUGUUUUCUGUUUUGUGGACCUGCUCUGGGGGUUGGCAGAUCCUUUAGGCAGCCUGACAAAGGUGGACCCCACCGAGUGCUGGCUGGGAAGGAGGUUGG